AUGACUCAAUCAGAUGCCACCCGGUUCAUUAAAGGUCAAACCCAAGCCAACUCUAGCCCAAAUUAUCAGUAUGGCAACAAUCAUCGAAGGUCAGAUUCCAUAGACUUUGGUAGACGUGGGAGUGCCAUAUCAACCUUAUCUUUGCAGCAUUCUAUCGCAAGUAAUACAAACACACCACCCACCUCGCCCCAAAAUCAGUAUAGACAACACUUUGCAAAGCAGAGAAGAUCAUUAGAACAUUUACAAAACCCCUUAGAUUUGGUUCCUGAAUCACAAACAAUUGAUUUAGACAAAAUUACUCGAGAGUAUAACAAGCAGCAAAGGCCGCUUAACGAGGCAGAAAUUAACUGGUGCCAUUUUUUGAAGGAAAUGCCUGUUGAGAACCCAUGGAGAUCCAAUGAAUCCAAUGUCAAUCUACCGGAAACUUCGGAAAAGUUAUUGAACAAGUACAAUUCUGAUUACAAUGUUGUGAGUGAAGAAGCAAAUGUCAAGGAAACAGCCCUAAGAAGAGCUUUGGGCCGUUUCAAAAAUUCUAGCAGAACAUUGGCAAAAGUUAAAGCAGCUUCUAAUAGAGAGGAACGCAGUCAUUGA